AUGCCGCGUUCUUUCCUCGUCAGAAAGCCUGCUUGCUCCCGUCGGCGACCUAACUACAGCGAGCUGCAUGACUCGUCCCUAGAGUUCACCUUUGAGCAGCCCUACGACCAGGCCCAUCUGCUGGCAGCAAUUCCUCCGCCCGAGGUCCUCAACCCCAAGGCCUCGCUGCCCACACUCAUCUGGGACUCUCUCCUGGUGCCCCAAGUGCAGCCCAGUAUCUGGGCCUCCCUGCAGACCCAGGAGGGCCCAAAGGCCUCCGAGCUGACCUCCCUGUCGGACGAGGACAGUGGGAAGGGCUCCCAGCCCCCCAGCCCUCCCUCACCGGCUCCUUCGUCCUUCUCUUCUGCCUCAGCCUCUUCCCUGGAGGCGGAGGCCUAUGCUGCCUUCCCCGGCUUGGGCCCCGUGCCCAAGCAGCUGGCUGUGCUCGCUGGGGCCAAGGACCCCCAGUCUCGAAAGGCCUUCAACUGCAAGUACUGCGACAAGGAAUACGUCAGCCUCGGUGCUCUCAAGAUGCACAUCCGCAGCCACACGCUGCCCUGCGUGUGCGACACCUGUGGCAAGGCCUUCUCCCGGCCCUGGCUGCUGCAGGGCCACGUUCGGACCCACACAGGUGAGAAGCCUUUCUCCUGCUCCCACUGCAGCCGCGCCUUCGCUGACCGCUCCAACCUGCGCGCACACCUGCAGACACAUUCUGCCGUCAAGAAGUACCAGUGCAAAACCUGCUCACGCACCUUCUCCCGCAUGUCCCUGCUGCAUAAGCACGAAGAGUCAGGCUGUUCAGGGGGCCCCCGCGGACCCUAG